CCCUCCCACCAUGCCUUGUUUUGGCCGUUCUCUGGACUCGCCGUGCACGCUGGCCCUCCUGGUGGGCUUCCAGUUUGCCUUCGUGCUCUACUUCUCCCUGGGGGGGUUCCGGGGGCUCGUGUCCGUGUUGGUCCACACCAUCGAGCCCGAGUUCGACUACUCGCGCCCCCACGAUGUCUACACCAACCUCAGCCACCUGGGGGUGCUGUCGCUGCCUGUUGCCCACACAGGCACAGGACCCCCAAGCACAGCAGCGCCUUUAAAGGACUGCCUGAUCCCUUCACCGCUGCUGGUGGGCCCCGUUUCCGUCCGUCUGUCCUCUCCUCUGUCCCUGGACGAGAUCCGACAAAGGAACCCUCUGGUGUUACCGGGCGGACGCUACCGGCCGCCGGACUGCGAGCCCCGCCACCACACGGCCAUCGUGGUGCCUUACCGUAACCGUCAGACUCACCUCCGCUCUCUCCUCUACCACCUCCACCCGUUCCUGCAGCGGCAGCAGAUCCACUACAGCAUCUACAUUGUGCACCAGUGGGGGAACGCCACCUUCAACCGGGCCAAGCUGCUGAACGUGGGGGUCCGCGAGGCUCUGAGGGACGAGGACUGGAGCUGCAUCUUCCUCCACGACGUGGACCUGCUGCCUGAAAACGACCACAACACCUACACCUGCCACAAGCAGUUCCCUACACACCUGUCUGUAGCCAUGGACAAGUUCAGAUACAGGUUGCCGUACCCCCAGUAUUUUGGAGGGGUGUCUGCGGUCACCCCGGAUCAGUAUAUGAAGAUGAACGGCUUCCCCAACCACUACUGGGGAUGGGGAGGGGAGGACGACGACAUCGCUGCCAGAGUGCGUCUCUCUGGGAUGAAGAUAGUACGCCCUCCUGUGGCCAUUGGCCAUUACAAGAUGAUCAAGCAUAAAGGUGACAAGGGCAACGAGCAGAACCCACGCAGGUUUGACCUGCUGAAGAGGACCAGGCUGAACUGGCACUCUGACGGCCUCAACUCACUGACCUACGACCUUUUAUCCAAAGAGCUGGAGCCACUCUACACCAACCUGUCUGUCAACAUAGGCGACGACCCCCGUCUUCCCCUGGCCAAACUCCCGCCCCCUGUCCCCAAACAUGGGGUCAAGAGAGCCGGGGGAAGGCCUAACUACUCCCAUCACGGCACCCAGAGGGAGGGGCAGAUUGUAAAAGUUUCUUCACCUGCCAAUGUGACUGCAGCCAAGCUUGCUGGUGAGCACACAGACCCCGCCCAGUCUAAGAAGGCAGCGAAUGAGACGACAGAGGAAAAGAUGGGUGUGGUCAAAUAGGAGCAGGAAACUGAUGGAUAUGCGGUCCGCUUCUUCAAAGUCUAAACUGGCUGUGCUCCCUUUUUAUCAGCGCCGAUCGAAAAUUACAUUGAUUGUCAUCGAGUUUAGUCCUUUCACAGUAACACAACAGAGACACUGGAAAAGGGGGAAGAAAUCCACUUCAGACUACUGGAAUGCAUUCAAGAAAGCUGUUGGAACUGCCUUUAUGCUUUAUGGAAUCCUGUGUGUUCCUACUGUGAACGAAAACGACGAGCGAUGCUAGCUAGCCACAUCCGCAGGUAAACAUCGAGCACUGUUUCCAACCAGCCUCAAAAACACCCCUCAAUGGCACUCAACCCUGGACAGCAUUAAAAGUCCACCACAAGUCCUCGAGCAUGUAUGUUGAAUAUGAAGCAUUAGAGAGAGAGAGAGAGAGAGAGAGAGAGAGUUUGCUUGUGUGUUUGCUUGUGUGUUUAUUUUAACUUCAAAUCCCUGAAAAACUCAAUGAGGAUUCAGACAAACCUCUUUCUGCCAUUCGGACACCAGGUUUGCAAACCAUCUGCCCACUGCUGCUGUCAGCCAAUCAUAUUCCAGCUGACUUCUAACUUUAGCCAAUCUGCUCAGACGCUGCUGCUGUUGGUCCGCCCUACUGUGUGGGUUUGUGUUUCUGUGCCUUCUCUCUUUAAAGUCCCAUUUUAUAGAUUUGGAUGAAGAUUCAGAUCUCAUAAAUUAAAGGUCUCAAAUUGCUAUCGGAGGAGGUUAAACUGAUUCCAAAUCUGUGCUAAAGUACCUAUCUGGAGCACCAUUUUAUAUGUUGUGCAACGAUCAGCGCUCUCACACUCCAGAACUGAUUAGAUGACUGUAGAGUUUAUAUUUCUAUGAAGAAAAGUGUGUUUAUUUGUUUACGUUGAUGUAUCUCUUUACUGUUUGGUGCCUCUUUAGAUUGUGAUCUUUUGAUUUUAAGACAAUCUGAGCGUAGAAGUGAAACUGUGUUACUUACCGAUUGCCUCACAAAAUAGAUGAAUCUCAUAACUAUCUUCAUGCCUGCCAGAUAUUGUAGACUUGGCUAUAUGUAGUUAUAGUAUAUACUGUAUAUGUACAUGUAUUCUCUUUAUGUGAAUGAACUUGUGCUCACUGAUUUAGGUGAUUUUCCUUUUUUGUAGUCAGUAUGACCAUUUUGGGUUAUACAUGUGACUUAACAUUUGCCAGUUCAUGAUUGUGUUUUGAUAUGAGUAGAGCUGCUGUUAUGACAAUGCACUUGGGAAGACAUUAGGUGUUCGUUAUUUUCCCCAACACUAUCCACAGCAAGGUGUCCUUGGUUCAUGCUAUGGGGUUAUACAAACCUUUUAGUCUCUCACUCCGGCAACGACUUCUAAACAUGGGUGAAAACAUCUUUCACCACAGCGCAAAGGAAAGGAAGAUGAACUAUUACAUUUAGACAUGAUGACAUGAUGACAGAGAUUUACGAUAUGUGAUUAUGGGUCCCUUUAGUAUUCACAUACACGUAUUUUGUUUUCCAUCUCUUCCAUUUUGAAUGUAAUGUUCAUACUAAAGCACUGUUGGUGAUGGAAAUGACUGCUUGGAGCAUGUAGUCGUGGGCGCUGUGUUGGUUUAUAUUUCCUGCUGCUGAUGUGUACGGCAUAUCACAUCGGUAUUCCACAUCAGUUCCCAAUGUGAUUGGAUAAGGGUCUAAUAAGUAUAUCUGAACAUCAUAUUUAUGCUACCAGAUUAAUUCAAAAGAAUCUCGAAUAUCUUGUUUUUAGGAUGACUGAUUAUAUUGUAUUAUACAAUAAUUUUUCUUUGACUUACUGUACCUUUUACUCAUAGUAAUAAUACAGGUAAUAAGCUAAUUUGAAUGUAUUUUCAGUCAACCACUGUUUGUACUAACUCUACUAUACUCAAGCAUACACACAAGUAAGGAAAGUAAGCUACAUUUCAUUUAAAUGUUUAAUUUAUUUAACUUGUAGGAACCAUUCUAGACAAAGUGCUAUACUGCAUAGUAAUGUGCUAUACUUACAGUUAAUAACUGUAGCUGUUCUACAGAUUCUGUCAUAAAUACUGUGGAUUUGUUUGAACCCAAUGAUGGAUUUGAUACUUGAUUGUCCCCUCAGAGAGCGAUGCAGCAGGUGUAGAUAACGAGGGGUAUGUACUGUGUGAGACACACUUCAUAUACAGUACAGUACAAAUACAGCAUUUGACCUAGGAAUUCAACCCUAUCAUUAUGUAUCAUGACAACUAUUAUGAUAUCACUGUUCAGAAGCGACCAGUGUUCAACUGUAUGGGUCCAGCUCUUGACCCAUGUCUGUGUACACCAGUAGACAUAUUCCAGCCCACAGGUCGUAUUCAUCAUAGCAUUACAGACCGUUCGUGGAAUUAUCAGUUGAAAAUCUGAACCUUUUAACUCGAGAGUAGCAAACAGAACAAAUAACUGUGUUGAAAAAUCUGUGUUGCUGCCGAUAGUACAGUAUAUACAGUGUGUGCAAUUAGCAGCACAACCUGCUAAUGUUUGCCUACUGUAUCUUUGAGAGUUAGGAUACAGAUACAUGGGGGAUACUGGCAUUGUGCUCAUUGGUUGUAGCUGUAUACCUACUGUUUGAUGGCAUAUCACUUUUUCAGUGUUUAUGUAAUUAUUUCUGGUACAUAUCACUAGUUGGCCACCACUGACAGUAAUCUUUACUAAAUACUCUGAUCAGACUAGUGAGUAUUAUAGGACAUAGUGUGCUAAACUAGAGAUUGUUGUAUAUUUAAUAAAAUAGCUAGUUUUAUAUAAUAGCUAGAGAUAUUUUGAUGAGAAUGCAUUAGGGAGAUAUACUAUAGGCAAAAUCUACCAAACUCACUUUUUGUGACAUAUCUUAGGUAAUUUCAGUGCAAUGUUUUUUUUAUGACUAUAGGAUUGUGGGAGUAGACAAGUAAACAUUUUUUUUAAGAACCUUUUGUAUUCAUUUGAUGGUUAUGCACCAUACAAGCAGAAGGAUUGAUGUGUGACAUGUAAUGUACAGUAUUGGUUGCAUCUCAGUUGCGUUUAGGACAAGUACAUUAUCAAGCUUUCAGAUGGAUUAGCAUUGCACGUCUGGGAUGACGACAGGUUGAUUGAUUGGUGUGUGUGUGUGAAAAGCAAGACCAGUAGAGUAGGUCACCCAAGACAGUCAAGGGACUAGGACUUGUAGUGUGGAUGAUACAUCUAUGUUACAUGACAUACUGAGAGACAAACAGACCAAUAAAACAUGCAAAAAAGAU